AUUCGAGGUCUAGCUCUAAAACCCUAACGACGCCGCUCUCAUCCUCGCUCGCUCCUCCGAUCAUUUCUCCUCGUCUCGAUCGGAUUCAGCGAUGGAAUUCUGGGGUGCUGAAGUCAAGUCUGGCGAGAGUGUUAAGUACGAUGCUGAAGAAGAUAAGCUUCUGCACCUCUCACAGGCUUCCCUUGGAGAAUUAAAGGGCAAAGAAAAUGUGACUGUCCAUGUGAAGGUUAAUGAUAAGAAGUUUGUUAUUGGAACUCUCUCUGCGGAGAAAUGUGCCCAGUUACAGUUUGAUUUAGUUUUCGAUAAAGAUUUUGAGUUAUCUCACACUUCAAAGAAUACCAGUGUCCAUUUUUGCGGUUAUAAAAGUGCUCUGCCUGAGGAAUCCGACAAUGAAGAAUUUUCUGAGGGGGAAUCGGACGAGGAAGAAGUUCCUGUUGUUCAAAAUGCAAAUGGCAAACCUGUGGUCAAGCAAGAACAAGGAAAAUAUGGUGCAGGAAAGGCCAAUGCAGUCAAAGAGGACAAUUCAGUUGCUAAAAAGGCAAAAAAAGCUGAACCGGCUAAAGUCGAUAAGCCAAAGGUAGAGGAUGAAGAUGAGGACGAUGAUGAUGAUGAUGAGGAUGAUUCUGACGAAGAAUCUGAUGAUGACGAGGAUCUGACAGCAGCAAUGAGCGACAGUGAUGAUGAAGAUGAUACAGAUGAGGAUGAGAGCUCCGAAGAGGAAGAUGAGGCUACUCCUAAGAAGGCUACAACUGGCAAGCGACCUGCUGAAUCUGCUUCCAAGACUCCUGUUCCGGAGAAGAAGGCUAAAGUUGUUACCCCAGCUAAAGGACAGAAAUCAGGUGGUGAUGGAAAGAAGAAUGUGCACAUUGCAACUCCUCAUCCUGCCAAGCAAGCUGGGAAGACACCUGGAAACAGUGACAAGUCAAAGCAGAAGUCUCCUAAGUCAGCUGGUUCUGUCACUUGCAAGUCAUGCAGCAGGACUUUCAAUUCUGACACUGCUCUUGAAUCUCAUACAAAAGCCAAGCAUGGUUGAACAGGGGUGGCAAGACAAGUCCACUAGUUUUGUAGUUGCUGGGCAUCAGCAGCAGACUUGGAAGUGGCGGUUGAGACGCAAAAUUGCAUUUUGUUUGUGCUGGUCUUUGUUGCAAUCAGAUGGACGUGACUAUUUUAUGCUAGCACUUUUAGAUUGGCUUUCCUUUUUCAGUUAAUUAACUAUGAGGUGUUACUUAGAACCAGAAGCAUAUUGUGCAUGGUCUCUAUAUGGUUAAUUAACUAUGAUGGUGAUAUUCGCGUGCACUUAUGUUUUUA